GACACACACACACACACACACACACACGCACACACACACACACACACAUAGAAGAGAAAUAACAAUAAGCGACCACUUAAAAGGAUAAAAUAAAUAAAUGAAAAGGAAUUACUUCUGGGACUCAGGAGCAGAAAUUUCUCGCGCGCGCACAGAGCUCUCGUGAGGGUCGUCAAGUGUGUGCGCGAGCGGUCAAACAGAAAGAUGCUGAGGAGAUGCUAAAUGUUGAGUUUUUUUUUUUUGCUAUAAAAGGUCACUUAAAAAGACGUAAUAAAGCGUAAAUACUAUUUAUUCUGUAGGCGAUACCUAACAAAAGAGUCGUGUGAGGAAAGUAACUCAGGUGUUUGUUUGUUUGUUUUGUUUUGUUUUAUUUUGUUUUUCCGGACACGGAGUUCUUUUCAGCACCAUGACGACAGAUUAAGACUUUAUUUUUUUUUUUUAAUAGAAAACAAAAUUGAGUUUUCAGUGCAAACAUGAGCUGUUUCUGCUCCACUCAAGAGGAAUUCUACUGCGAGGUGUUGCUUCUGGAUGAGACGAAGCUCAUUUUAACCUCCCAGCAUCAGGGCUUGAAGAAAUCCACCAAGGGCUCUGUGGUGCUGGAUUACGUGUUCAGCCACGUCAACCUUUUAGAAAGCGACUACUUCGGCCUGCGCUACUGCGACCGCAGCCAUCAGACAUAUUGGUUAGAUCCGACAAAAACCCUGGCAGAACAUAAAGACCUUAUAGCAACCGGCCCACCAUACACACUGUAUUUCGGUGUUAAAUUUUAUGCCGAGGAUCCCUGUAAACUACAGGAGGAAAUUACAAGGUACCAGUUCUUCCUUCAGAUAAAGCAGGAUGUGCUGCAAGGAAGAAUUCCAUGUCCCUUCAGUGUCAGUGCACAGAUGGCAGCUCUGGCGAUCCAGUCCGAACUCGGAGAUUAUGACCCGUACAAGCACAUGCCAGGCUACGUGUCGGAGUAUCGCUUUGUUCCAGACCAGAAAGAAGACUUGGAGGAAGCAAUUGAGCAGGUUCACAAAACUCUAAUGGGUCAGGCGCCUUCCGAAGCGGAGAUGAAUUAUUUAAGCAUGGCUAAAACCCUGGAGAUGUAUGGGGUGGACCUUCAUCCUGUGUUUGGGGAAAAGCAGUCCGAGUAUUUCCUGGGGCUGACACCAGUUGGAGUUGUAGUUUAUAAAAAUAAAAGCCAAGUUGGGAAGUAUUUCUGGCCAAGGAUUACAAAAGUAUUUUUCAAAGAAACACAGUUCGAGCUGCGUGUUCUGGGGAAAGAUUGCAACGAGACAUCAUUCUUCUUCGAAGCUCCCAGCAAGGCGUCAUGUAAAAACCUUUGGAAGUGUUGUGUGGAACACCACACCUUCUUCAGAAUGCCGGAAAAUGAGGUCAACACACUGUCAAGCAAGCUGUCCAAAUUCAGCUCUCUGGGCUCCAAACAUCGUUACAGUGGGAAGACCGCCAUGCAGAUGGGAAAAGAUCAGUGUGUCAGUUUGCCCAGGCCGAAUCUGGAGGUGGUGCGCACACGCAGUAAGACUUACCCAAAGAGGAGCACUCAGCCUACAAGCUUGAACAAUGGGAGCCGAUCAGUCACAAAGGCAGGAAAUUCCCUGGGUGAAGGCCAGGCUAAAGCCAGCACACUCCCCCCCGCCAAGAGCCCCAAAGUGUCCAAGACAGAGAGCGUUUCAGAGGAUCAGCCAAGCAAGCACAUGGCCCCCUGGGAUGAGAACGCACCACAGAGCGGGCUGUACAACUCGGCCAGCGAGCGAAACAAAUCUCCCAAAUUCCCAAACACACGUAGACGUGCACCCUCAGGAGGGAGCGAGAACGAGGUCAUGAACUCCUCCAGGCACAGGAAAGUGAGCAGUGAGGAUCCAUCCAGCAAACAGCACCGGAGAAGGUCACGUUCCCGUGGCAACACAAGCAGCGGCAGUGAGUCAGAGAAUUCCAACAGAGAGCAUCGUAAGAAGAGGAACCGGUCUCGGCAGGAGAACGAGAUGGUCGAUUCUGGACCGCAGUGGGAGGCUGUGCUUCGCAGGCAAAAGGAGAAAAACCCGAAUGACCCCAACCACCGCCGCUCGCGCCAGCGAUCUCGAUCGAGAAGUCCAGAUGUUCAAGCUAAAGAGCAGCUGUGGAAGCAUAUACAGAAGGAGUUGGUGGAUCCAUCCGGUCUGACAGAGGACCAGCUGAAGGAGAUUCCAUAUAAGAAAGUAGAAACGCAAGGUGACCCGAUACGUAUCCGGCACUCUCACUCUCCCCGGAGCUACCGUCAGUACCGGCGCUCACACUGCUCCGAUGGAGAGAGGUCUGUCCUCUCAGAGGUCAACUCUCGGACUGAUCUGGUGCCUCCACUUCCUGUUACGCGCACUGUAGACAUGACAGGGUCCAGUACUGCCACCUCACAGAAGAAUGGAUCCAAAGACAACCUGUCGGAGAGCUCUGGACAGGAGACAAAAGGCAGCGUCAAGGCGGCGAAAACCUCACACAGCUCUCGGAUGAAAAACGAAACGUGACCGCGUUCGCGAUUUGAAACACCGUGAAAGGUUAGGAGAGGUAACGGACAAUCUACUGAGACCUGGAAGUAUUCAACACGAAUAGAUGGAAAUUUCAGACAGACAUGGAACUCCUGUCUAAAACCAUCCAUGCCGAAAGCUUGUCUGAUAAAUAAGUUAGUGUUAAUUUAUAAAAAGAAAAGAAAGGCAUUUUGUACUUUUAUUAACUGAACAAACACGGACAUGAUCACCGUAAGUGUUUUAAACACCACUCAUUCUAUUCUGACAAUCAAGUGAAGGAUAAUGACUCAUUUAUAUAGCGAACACUGCACAGGCAUUAAGGUGUUACACCGAACACUGACUCUGACAUUUUAUACAGUAUUAAAUAUUCUUGAACUCGUUAUCGUACAUGUGGAUAUUAUCAUGCAAAGAAAUUGUACUCGUGUCCUCCGACGAUAGACUAAACUCUGUAGGAAACUGUUGCUGCUGUAGCUCUUUGUAUUGUCUUUCUCUGCUGUUAGGAAAUACACUGUACGUGGUUAACUGUAGCUGAGCUGGAGACUCAAUAAAAUAAAUUCAACAGAGAUGUAAUAGUCGCUAUUUUCAUAAUAUUAAAACCGCCUGCUUAAUACUGUGUAGGUCCGCCUCGUGCCACCAAAACACCUCCGUCGAGGCUCCAAGACCUCUGAAGGUGUGCAGCAGAUCCUUUAAGUCCUGUAAAUUGUGACGUGGGGCCCCCGUGGAUCGGACUCUUCCUCCUCAAUGCAAAAACAACCCCAACACAUUUAAUCUCCUGAGCGAUUCAUUACCUCCAACAUUACGACAGAAGUAAAUGUAAUAGAUACGUCGUUAUAUGUAUUCUUAAUGAGUCCUGCUGCCUUUUCAGUCAAAUAUGAAAUACUCUGUGUGUUUUUUUUGCUGGAUGAAAUUUCAGAAUUAUUCCUUUCUGCUGAUGGAUCAACGUUUAACAGCAUAACAUUUUCAGAUCAGAUAUUCAGUGCUGUUUACAAUUCGCUGCCACUAGGGGGAGUCACUCAACAUGUCCUAAUGACUCAGUAAUUCCACUUCUCUCAGAAGAAGCAUCUGGCUGUCAUUCUAUACAAUGGGAAACUAGUUUCAUUUGAUCUUGUUCUGUGUUUUUUUCAUUCAUUCGAUCAUUAGUAAACACCUGAUCCUGGUCAGGGUCGUGGUGGAUACGGAGCCUAUUGCAGGAACACUGGACACAAGUCCAGAGAAUUUACCCCGGAUGGGAUGCCAGUCCAUCGCAGGCAUCAUGCACGCACGCACACACACACCCUCUUUAGUAAAGCUGUAAUUGAGUAUAUAACGUAGUAUUUAAGCAAUAGUGCAUGAGCAAGAGUGCGGUUAUACUGAAUAUCGUCGGCUUUUUUUUUUACAGCCAAAUCACAGCUGUGCCGAUAUUCAGUAUAACCGCAAGAUUGCGGUGCGAUAUUGCUUUUAUACAACCCUAACCCUCCUGAUAUUUCUUUGUAAAUACCCUAAAGCUAACCAUUUUAACUUGCAUUACAAGUUGUAUACAUACGUCUGGGAUCACAAGCGUCUUUGUGUAAGAUCUGAACCCCGUGCUCUUCUCUGCUAGACCGUAAACUCAGACGUUUUGGAUGAAAGCCAAAUACCAAAGAUUUCCCCGAGCCUCAAUGUGCAAUUCAAGCAUUUGCAAAGAACUUAUGCAGAUCAUCAACAUUUAUAAGCUAAUGAAAUGUUACUGAUCGUAUUAAACUACCGGUGCGUGCGGCCUGAAAGGUAAUAAUAUCGUGGUUACGUAUAAUUGGCCGAGUCGUGUGGUUUUAAGCCAGGAGGCUGAAAUAUUCUACCUCACACCACUGUCCGACGAACACCGAGUAAACUUCAUUUCUAUAAACCAAAUACGUUAUGAUCAGUCCUUUUUCUCAUGUUUCUGUGAGGCAUCUGGGUUUGGUGUUUACUUUCACUGAGCAGUGUCCUCAUCUCAACUUCAUCUAGUACAAACUUAGUAUGCUUACGUUUAGUCUGCAGUAGGAACAUGUUUGGUCUGGCAAAAGCAAACCUUCACGAUUAUUUUCAGUUGAGGUGAACACAAAGGUGUGUCAUGUUCGACCACAGUUAGUAAUGCUCUUCCUUGUGUUUGGGAAUUCCACAUACGUCCACGUCCGCUGUUCUCCUACUUCUGCAGCGAAGCAACAGCUGAAACAGAGUUCUGUGCGUCGUGGCAGAGCACUAACAAAUGUAUGCCAAAUGCACUCGUUCACCUCAACCGACUGAGAAAAAGUGAAAGGGAGGGGCGGGAGGCGAGAUUCUGACUUUGCUUUGUGAUUGGAACGGACGUUUUUUUCCCCACAUGGGGAGCUUGUAAUGUUGAACAACCGAUGAAAUGCUUUGGCUCUACGAUUAAUCCUAGGAGUUUUUCAAGGCACUGUUGAAAGGUUUGUAUUUAAUUCUGCGCAGAAUUUCUUGGGCAUGGACCUAUUGUUGUUUUUUAAAGGAAGUCAUAAACCUUGAAACCCUGCCUAACAGUUUGCAGAUGGCCUCAUCACAAUGGUGUUUAACCCUGUUUUUCAGAGCAGCGUUUCUUUCGGUUCAUUCAUUCCGGAAUGAAAACAGUUUUAAGCGGGAUCUGGCAACCUGAAAGCACCCUGUGGGUCUUUGAGGACAAGAGCUUUCUGCAUAGGGCCUGGCAUAAACAGGAUUUCACCCUUUCCUGUGUGGAGACCUAUUAUCAAAUUAGCAGACUGAAUACCCAUCAUUCAUGUUGUCUUAAUGGCUUUUCCAGCCAUUAAAGCUCAGCUAUAACAUCCUUGUGUUCUUCUUAAAAGUGCUGCUCCUGCUCCUGGUUCUGGAAAUUCCUGGUUCUUGGAGUUUCUUUAGCCCGUUUCAACUCAUUAUACUAAUUAUAAAAACCAACCAUGAAUUAAAUCAGGCAUCUUGGAGCAAAUACAACACCCAAGAUGAAAAUGAACGCAGUUCCUAACACACAUGACCCAAACUAUAUGAUGAGGACUGGAUCGGGAUUAUGGCUGUUCAACACAUUCUACUGCAAAAUUUUGUUCUAGCCAUAGAGCUGUAACAGACUCGACCCGUUUGAUCGAUCAUCACUCUAAAUCUCUUGGUGUCAUGCUUUCAGUCGUCCAGGCCGUUUGAAAUGUCUAGUAAUAGUACGUCAAAAAUGAGGAAUUGUGCUAAGCAUGUACUCGAACAUGAGAACCAUCUUUUGACCAAAUCCGGGUUGCGUCUUUCAACCAGACCACACCUUCGGCUGAACGGUACGGAGAACGAUUGUAGCACUGUAAUAAGGAUUAGAACUCUGAGAACUUGUACCGGAAUUCUAGGCGGCUUCUGCUUUUCAUCAGACAGCCAUGCCUCAAAGAACUCCGAGAUAAACUGAUGUACGUCUGCCUGAUGUCAUGUGUCUUUGUCUGGUAGUAGCUGUGGCAUGUCUAGGAGAUAAGCACCUGGUGAUGUAGAAGUGCGAUAUAGAAGUCUUUGGCAUAGGAGUGAAGAGAUCCAGGGAGAGAACUUCUUGAAGAAGUUAAUAACAACCAGGUUAGCCUUGUAAAGCUAAAGAUGGGAACUUCUAGGAAAUUAAUUAGAAGGAAGGUGGAGCUUCAGGACUGUUUUUUCCCCACAAACUUAUGUUUAAUCUUUGAAACAAAACAAAACAAAAAAACUUGCUAAAGAAUCUUCAGUUCCUUGGUGUCCUUUAAUCAGGGUACUGCUAUUUUAUUUAACCUUGGCCCUGGCAGUAGACCAUGCACACCCAUUAACGGAGAAAUGGACACCUUACUAAUUCGCCCUCAACUCGGUUAAAAGCAUCAACGUUACGUGAGCAUGUAACACACACUACUGGUAACACAUUGGCAAUGAAAGGCCUUUUUGUGCUAGGAAUUGACACAAAUCAGAUUUAAUCCAAGAAAGAAAAGAUGUGUGUACUCUCAGUGGAGAGCAGAUCUCGUCAUUUUAUAUUUCAUAACCAAUUAUACAGAAAAAGUCAAGAAUGUCAUGAGCUCACACCUCCUGCCUCACAGAAAGCCUCCGUAAAAACGACACGUAUUAAAGAGAGAACGUGCGUGCGUGCGUACUGGCAUUUUCCAAACUGUGAAAAUGAACUUAGAAAAUCCAAAAGACUAAGGUGUGUGUGUGUGUUGAGGACUAGCUCUGACUGGGUCGAGGUCAGUGAGGCAUUGUGCAACUCGACGUUUCCAUGUGACUAAAACUGAGAGAUGUUUCUUUCCCUGGAGGUCACCACAAAGACGGUUUUCAAAUAAAACUGGUUAUUGUAGAGUUCAGAUCCCACCGUGUACUGCGUGACAGAGCACGAGUUAAACUAAGAUUUGAUGCUGAAUUAAAUUAUUGAUAAUGCCUUUCGUAGAUCAAGAACUUGUCAUGGAGAAGGGGCUCGUGUACUCAGAGAGAUGGAGCUUAACGCCGCACAUGAAGAACAGAUCCGAGCUGAGAGAUCAGACUCUGAUCCUUAUGAAAAGUCCAAAAAGACAGUGUAAACUACCUGGACUAAAAAAGGUACCCGCCCCUGGCCACCUGUAUAACCCAGUCGUGCUCAACCGUUAUAGAAGAUCAAUAUGAAGAUAAAUGUUGGGGGUCUGAUCAAAGCCAGACAGGCAGCAGGCGUACAACUGAUCAUCUUAGACGGACUCGAUACUUACAAGGGGAUAAUUUUCCUCAUUAGGGAGAAAGAAGAAGAAAAAAAAAAAGCAUCCCAAAUACUACCUAUUAAUAUAAGUCAUGUUGAUAAAUUUCUCCUAAAGGAGCACACAACUUACCAUUUCCCAUGUGCACGGAGGAAAAAAAUGAAAACACUCGCACAAAAAACACCUCGAGAGCUUGCAUGUUUAUUGAACUACUGCUUAAAUCGUCAAAAUUACUCGUACAAUACAGAGAGCUUCGUUAUUGAUCACGAGCCGACUUUUUUUUUUGUCUUUUUACACCAAUAAUUAUAGUAUUUCAACAUAAUACAGCAGACCCUACCUAACUGAUGCUAUUUACAGGAGCUAGAAUACCUAGCCUAUGAGAGAAAACACAAACAGUCAAGAUGAAGAUGAAAACAAAUCAAAGCGGAAAGCAUGCAGCUGAUGCACUACGGAAGAUCUAGAGCAAGCUGGGAAGAGGUUCCCACUAUAGUGGAGGAGAAAGAAAAAGAAAAAAAAACAAACAAAAAAAAGGGGGUAGACAAAGAAACUAAAGUGGGCUUUCAAGUUGGUCGUUGAAUCGGGAUCGUUCAAAAGUAAACGUUAAACUGGAAGCAAAGACAAAACUGCAAAUACUGAAGGACGACACUUUGCUACUGAAUUACCCCCAAAACUAAAUAUAAAGCUUUUUGGUUUCCAUCUUUGAGGCGACCUACAAGUCAUACACAAAACCGUUCGCUUAAAGAAAAGGAAAAA